UCGGACGUGAGAAGGGAGCAGGUCCCGGAAAAACAGGAAAGCAGAGGGAAAAUAAAGAGGGGAAUCCCCCUCGACACAUCAAGGACAUGCCUUGGCAAGGACCUCGACUCCUCUGGCUGCACUGCCGACGGAACUGGCGGACGUUUGGAUAUGGAUUUGGAAGUGGGAGCCCAAGAAGCCAGCUCUCAGUUGCUUGGAGUCGAUAUCAGAGGAUCCCAUAAUUCGGGCUUAGUUCUUAUCGCUGAGCCCUGCUAGUAUAUCUCUCAAUGAACCUAAAGAAUAUCAUAGCAACAUCAUAUCAAUCCAUAUCGAUCUAGACCCUAUGAUUAGUUAAUUGCGUUA